AUGGCCUCGGAACAGCCUCAAGCUCCUCCAGCAGCUCCUGCGCCAGCUGCCAACGGCCAGAUCACUGAAGGUGAGCUUUGGCUCUCUCUUGCGAAGCUGACAAUAGACGAGGCGUCGCUCUAUGACCGCCAGAUCCGUCUGUGGGGUCUCGAGGCGCAGAACAAGAUGCGCUCUUCGACUGUGCUCGUCCUUUCGCUGCGCUCGCUCGCCCACGAGACCAUCAAGAACCUUGUUCUCGCUGGUAUUGGCCGCAUGAUCAUCAUGGACGGCGAGGACGUCACUGAGGAAGACCUCGGAGGCGGCUUCCUCUUCCGCGAGGAGGAAGGUGCUGUGGGCAAGAACCGUACCGAGGCGGCCCUUCCUCAAAUUGCCUCGCUCAACCCGCUUGUCAACCUCACUGCCCUCCCCACUCUGGAGCCCUUUGUUGGAGGAGACAAGGAGAAGAUGGUCGAGUUCCUCGAGAAGGAAAAGGUCAACGUUGUGGUUGCGUGCGACCUUGCAGCGGCGCAGUUGGAGACGAUUGAUGCGGCUGCCCGCCAGGCCAAGGCAAUGUUCUACGGUGCCGGAACGUAUGGCUUCUACGGCUACGCGUUUGCGGACCUCGGCGAGACCUACGAAUAUGUUGUGACUCCCGCCGCCACGUCCGUGAACCCCAACCCCGCGCUCGUUCAGAAGACCGCGCGCUAUUCGACCCUCGAGGCUUCCAUUGAUAAGACUAACUGGUCGCUGGAUCUGAAGCAGGCUGAGAACGGUGGCAGCCCAUUCCGUGGACUCUCCCGCCAGGACAGCAAGGCGCUGCAGCCCCAGCUGCCCAUCGCCAUCCUCGCUGUCUGGGAGUUCUCGAAGCGUAACAGACAGCUGCCAACGGGCACUGAAGGCCAAGUGGACGAGCUCGCCAAGAUUGCCGAGGAGCUCCGCGUCAAGCUCGGCGUCAACGAAAAGGUCACUCCUUCCAUUGACGCUGCCGUUAUCGAACACCUUGCCGCGCACGCUACGCACUUCUUCGCCCCCACGCUUGCCAUUGUCGGCGGCCUCCUGGCGCAGGACGUCCUCCGCGUGCUCUCGCACAAGGACACGCCCAUUGCCAACCUCCUCGUCGUCGACAGCCUGAGCGGCGCCGGUGUCGUGUCCCGCUGGGCCAUGGCUCCCGUGUAA